AUGACUCCCGAGAAUGAGUAUUCCAAAGAGAAAGGAGAUUUGCAGCAUCUUCUACGGCUGUCUAACAACAGACAGAUUGCCUACGCCUGCAAUGGACCUGAAGCGGCAAGAACCGCCGUCAUCUUCUUCAGUGGUAUCAUGAGCAUUGGGUUGGCACACAGUGUCCCUCAGCCUUGCCAACAAAUUAAUGCUCGCUGGAUCGCGCCAACUCCAGCAGGCAUGGGUCUUUCGAGCACUCGUGACCUCACAGUGCCGUACCAUGUCAGCCUAGCUCGCGACAUGACGGCACUGCUAGACCAUCUAUACCCUUCAAGCGACUUUGACACCCUGUAUAUUGCCGGAGGAUCCUAUGGCACAGUCAUGGCGCAGAUGCUGUACGGUGCGCCGUACGCCAUAUUUCCCGCCGGACGCAAGAUAGUGGGCGGCAUGGUGUUGGCCGGGUUUUCACCUUACAAAUACGAUAAAGAUUACGGCAAGGCGCUCAGCUGGAAUACCUGGCUCUCCGUGGGACCGCUAUCGCAACUCCCGUUUCGUCCGCUGCAGCGCGCCUUUCGCGCGGCGAUUGGAUCCAAAAUAAGCACCGUCGACGGCGCUAAGAAGUUUCUGCGCUUUACUUUGUUUGAUGUUAUGGACGCGGAGGAAAAGGAAAAGUUCAAAAUGCACGUCGCCGGUCAAGGUGAAACAGAAGACGAAUUCAUUACCCGGUUGGCACGCAGCACAGUGGAGUGCUGCAAGAAUUGGGACGGCUUCAUGGAGGUCUCGGAUGUCAUCCACUCGGACUGGGGGUUCGAGCCUUCCAAACUUAGCGCUGAGCGCUGCAAGCCAUUGCUGGUAGUCCAAUCGGCGGACGACAAUAUCGGAAGUAUGAACUCCAAAUGGGUUGCCGCGAAUUACAACAAUGCGACAUCCAAGACUGUUCCUGGGGGGCAUAUGUCCAGCAUGUAUUACAUGGACGACAUAUGGCAAGAAAUGAUUACAUUGGUCAGCCGACGCGUGGUGCAGUGA